AUGUCAGCUCGGUCAUGUUAUCAGCUGUGUCCAAUCACAGCUGAUCACAUCACUGAUGAUCAGUGUGCCCUGAUGAUCUGUGUAGCCCCAGCAGCGCCACCUGUCAGUGUCCAUCAGAGCAAGCUCUCAGUGCUCAUCCAUGCCACCUGCCAGUGCCACAUCAAUGCCACAUAUCAGUGCCCAGCUGAGCUCCCUUUCAGUGUCACCCAUCAGUGCCACCUAUCAGUGCCAGUCAAUGCCGCCUAUCAGUGCCCGUCAGUGCCACCUAACAGUGCCAGUCAGUGCCGUCUGUCAGUGCCAUAUAUGAGUGCUGCC